AGCUCGUGGUCAGUGAACGCCAAGCUUGGCUCCGCUAUUCUUUCGUUCUCUAUUCUCUGCGUUUGGUACAGCUGCAUCGGUCGCAAGCCCAAGGUGACAUUUGAAUACUCUUUUUGAAAAUAAAAUGGCAGAGAAUGAUUCGGUUACUGCGUGCCCAUCCGGGGCCAAUAGUGAUUUUGACUUUUAUAAAGCCAAAGCGGACUCGGUUCUUCGACAGCUAGUGGCUUUAAAUGACUUUUUCGGUUCAGAAGAGGCGUCUCAUUUUGAUGAGGCCGACCUUCAAGUCAGGCUUGAGCUUAUUGAAAAAAUGCAAGAUAAUUUUGAUAAGUCUCAAACAGCUGUCGAAAGGCUCAAUCUACUAGAGCUGGCUAGUGAUGUGCGUGCAAAAUUUCUAAACAUUUAUUGUGCGGUAAAAUCCAAAAUAUCUCGCGAACUAGCAAAACUCCGCCGAGUGUCAGUGAUAAAUUCGACUGCGCUCCCAAAUUUCAACAUCGAGCAGGCUUCAACCUCCAGGGCUGGUGUCCGGGCCACUAGGCUGCCUGAGUUUAAGCUGCCACGAUUUGGAGGCGCUUAUAUGGACUGGCCAGAUUUCUACGCUAUGUACACUACAGUCAUCGGCAACAACGAGGACCUGACCAAUUUGGAAAAAUUCCAGCAUCUACGCUCCUGUUUGGAUGGCCCCGCGUUAGACACAAUUCGCUCGCUGGAGCCAACAGAGGCCAAUUUUGAGAAGGCAGUCGACCUAUUGACUGCUAGGUUUGAUAACAAACUUUUGCAUUUUCAGGGGCACAUACGAUCUAUUUUCAGGCUUUCUAGUGUGGUGAAAGGGUCGGCAAGGAGUUUGCGGCAAUUGAGCGACGGCAUCAACUCUCAUCUGCGAGCCCUUAACACAAUGGCAACCACCCAGGAGAUUGCGGAUGGAAUGCUCAUAUCCCUGGUGUCCUCCAAACUGGAUCAGCAUACCCAGGAGAAGUGGGAAGAGGGAUUGCCUACCAAUAAGCUGCUAAAAUGGACGGAUAUGGCUGCCUUUUUGGAGAAGAGAUGUCGGAUGAUGGAAAACAUUGAAAAUGCUAUGGUAACCCACACACCUAGCAACCAGAAUCGCGCAGAUUCAAGAAAGGACCAAGGAUAUGGCUUGGCAUCAUAUAUCGACCCACUACAACCCGGCUGACAUAUUAUCCAGAGGAUGUACUCCGCUCGAACUUUUGGAUUCGACGCUGUGGCGUGAGGGCCCACCAUUCCUGCGGACAGACGAAGCUUGCUGGCCGCCUCAUACGCCUACUCUAGUAGAUGUGCCUGAACGCCGCCGCCUCGCGCUGGUGCUGACGCAAAGCCAGGAUAUUUCGUAUGGCUGCAAGUUUCAAAAUUGUUUUGGAAAGCUGCAGCGAGUCUUUGGCUACAUACAUCGGUUCCUAAUGCUAAAAGCCAAGGAUGAGCCACGACGGCGAGGACCUCUUACAGUAGACGACA